AUGCCACAGCAACAACCGAGUCACAACCACUGCCAUCCUCAUCCUCACCCUCACCCUCACCCUCAUCCUGAUCCUCAUCUUCCUCCCUCUCCUAUUCAUCCUCCUCAUCACCAACCCCUUCAGAGUCCAAAUCUCCAUCAUCCAGCUCACAGUCACAGUCAGAGUGUCGAUGCUCAGCCAAUGCAGCAUCCCAUUCAGACCACUCAGGGUCCUCUACCAACCCCAUGGCUUCGAGAGCAGCAAGUCCAGAGACAGGGUGAUAGCAGCCACCAACAUCGGACACCGUCUCUGCCUUCGAACGGUCCAUUUCCAUUCCUGCCUCAUCACCAUCACUCUAUGCCACCAAACCAAAUUCAGCAGGGUCCCUCGACAGCCCAGGUGCUUCAGGCUCCUUGGGCACAUCAGCCUCCUCCAGCAACUCUGGCUUCUCCGAUCCUUAUGUCUCCUCAGCUUCAUCAGAGUCACCACGCCCCAGCACAGAUGAUGCAGACUCCCGUUUUGCACCAUACACAGCCGCAAAUACACCCUCAAAGCCAACAUUCACCAUCCGUAUCAUCCCCCGCCUCAACACGAAGCCAGUCUCGCCACUUCACUACUCAUGCUCUCUCCCCGGCCGAGCGUCCCCACACCCCGCAUCAUUGGACAUCAGUAGCAACGGGCCUUCACUUGACUCAUUUACGCAGCCCUCAAAGGGUUUCGUCAAGUCUGAGUCCGAGUCCCGGUACGGAGAGGACUCGUUACUACCAAUUUUUCUCAAAGUUCAUCUUGGAGCCAAGAGAAAUUCAGCCCCGCAUGGAAGUAACAAACUUGGAAUUCGAUAUUACCCAGGACGAUUUGAACAAUCUCUCCAUCACCACCAAACCAUCCGACCCGGCCGCUAACGAACCCGUGCAUGAGAUACCCGUCAGCAGGUAUUAUAACAAUUCUCAUCGAUACCGUGUCCGACUCUGCGAAAGCCGCAAGCAGGAGGGACGAACGACUUUCGAUUCAGCUACUUGGUCUCGAAUUCCAACUCACUGGCCGCCGCACUUCUUCACCUCAUUUAAUGAACAAAUACUCGAAGUUCGUCGCAAGCAACAUUUUCAUCAUGACUUGCCUGUCGAACUCACCGAUUAUUUGAUCGAAGGCAAGAAUACGAUCAAAGUGAGCUUGCCAUGCUUCGCUCAAAAUGUAAAGACAGGCGUGAAUUACUUCAUGGCUGUGGAGCUCAUAACUACACUAAACCAUGAAUCUGUCUGGAAUUUGGUGACGUCUAGGCCUCAUGCCAGUGUAGACGACACAAAAAACAAGAUAAUAGGGCGGCUGCAGAGACUGGAGACUGAUGAAAUUGCCAUUAAAAGUAACACUUUGACGGUCACGGUCGCAGACAUUUUUAAUUCCAAACUCGUUGACAUGCCCGUCCGAGGCCUUCAGUGUCUACACCUCGAGUGUAUUGAUUUGCAAAAUUGGUUGAAUUCGCGUCCAGCCAAGUGGCCGCAGGAAGAGGGCGAACCAUCAAUGGUAGACACUUGGGGUUGCCCCAUAUGUGGUAUGGAUGCCCGGCCUUGCAACCUUGUAGUGGACGACUACUUCAUCCAAAUAAGAGACCAGCUGUCGGAGAGCGGUUUAAGUAACGUCAAGAACAUUGAGGUGUAUGAGAAUGGCACCUGGACUCCAAUAGAAGAGGCCGAUGACAAGGGAUCAUCAGAUAAUGACGGCGCUCCGCAGAAUUCAUCAGGUCAAGAGGCACAAGAAGGGAUGCAAAUUGAUGCAAAUUGA